GAUUAAAGAUAAAAAAUGACAGUUUUUGAAAAUAUCAAAUAUGCUUUAUUUUUCUGGUUCAUUUGCGUCCACGGCGAGUACUCUGCCGACGCUGGACACCUAGACACGGAAAUGAUACAAAAAAUGUCAGUUUUUGAAAAUAUUAAAUAUGCCUUAUUUUCUGGUUUAUUCGCGUCCACUGCAAGUACUUUCGGAAAGUUAUCUGGUUUAUCAGUAUUCGAGGGAAUAUUUUAUUUGAGAGUGGUAUUUUUCAUGGGCAUGCUGUCAUGCAAUGGUGCUGUAUGGACAUUUUUUGUGAAAGCACUUCAGAGGACCAAUUCGCUCACUGCUACGGUCAUCAGUUCAGCCACUAAUUAUGUUUUUUCGGUGAGAGUUAUGAAAAGUGCUCUUGCUGGAUUUUGUAUAUUUGAUGAAGUAACAUCCCUCUUAUGGUGGUCUGGUAUGUUUUCAAUCGUUACUGGUUUGCUUUUAAUAACAGCAGGAGAAGCAAAGAAUAAUGUUAGUAAAACUAUUUAAUUAAAUAUUUUAGUCAAAAACA